GUCCGUUGUGCGACGGUUAUGCCUGCCACCUGCCCUCUCACACUGCCCUCUACCGUUGACCUACUGUUGUAGCAGUCGCAGAUCCACCUUUAGUCCUGCCGUUUCAUUCUAGGAAGGCGUGUCUCACAAUAUCGGCAAUCGAGCACUAUCUUCGCAAGCGCCUGCCCCUCCCGCGCGCUGCCUGCCAGCCACAAUCCAGAGCCUUAACUGCCCUGUUAUGCGUCCGGCAUAGAUGUCGUCCAGCGACCUGCCCGAGUUCCUCUUGGGCUAUGAAACCCCUACCGACACCACCCCCAAGUCCACCCACACCGCCCGCGUAAUGUCCACUCGCUCCUCCCUCAACUCACGCCGCACCAACUCCUAUGGCGCUCGCGACACCAUCCGCCGCAACCUCUCCCACACCACCAAACGUCCCGUGACCGAUGCGGAUGCAUACACGUAUGCGCUGCGCGCCGCGUAUCUGGCGUACCUCCUGCAACCGCGGCAGAAGCGGGUGCAGCAUGUGGCGAACACGUCCAAGCCGAUCCAGCGGAGCACGACGAGCAUUAAUGACAUGGUCAAGGACUUCAGCUUGACACGAGACAGCAAAAGCACGCGCUUUCCACAUGGCUUCAUGGCGGAGUUGGAUAAGCGCAUCGCUAAUGUCUUGGUCGGGAAGGAGAAGGGCAUUGAGUACAACGAUGCGCUGGUGAAACGUACCUUCGCCAACUUUCUGAAUGAGUUCAGGAACCCGACGUUUCGGAAGACAAUGGAAAAGGACAGAAGGGUGGAGGAUCUGCUGCUGAUCUUCUACUCACGAGCAACGAGCGAGCUGCAAAAGGGCAAGAGCGCUGAGGACGACAGCUGGAAAUUGAUGGUGGACCGCCAUGUUGCACUUUUCGUGCGCUUGAUCAGCAGUACGCUACACAACAAUGACUGGAUGAGGGAGAGGCCGGAGCUGAGCAGUCGGUUAAAGACGCUGGAGACGAAGCUGUUACAGCACGACCAGGACUUGGCAGAUCAGACACAGCGCAAUGGCGGGCAAGGCGGGCAGAGUAUCGAGGUGGAAGUACCGCGAAGCUAUGAGGUUCGCGAUAUGCCGCUUGUUAUCCGAGUCUGCAGCAUAUUCGCCAAGCCGACAAUACAAGCGCAGAAUGACAUCAAUGCGCACAAGGAGCAGUGGACGGAGAGGGCGGCGUUGAGAGACCUCAAGGAGUACCAGAAUCACAUGAUGCUUAAUACGCGUGCGACUAUUUGCAAAGAUGACUUCGAGCUCGAUGAAGCAUUUGAGAUGUGGCGGAAGGCCGAGAUAUCCGACAUUAGCCAGAUGAUGCUCGCAAUCGUGCAGUCCAAUCCGGAGCUGGCCAAGCACAAGUCGGACGGCGUUCCUAUGUUCAAGGCUCCGUCUGCGUUGUCCAGCGACAGUGAUCUCAGCCGGCAGAUGAGCGGUGGCGCUGAGGUUGACUCAAGCUCCAUGCUUGACCAUCAAUUAGAGAUGCUGAAUCUAGGCGAUUCCAGCCCAAGAGACUCUGGAACUGGGAGUAUGGACGCCACCCAAGCGAACUUCACCUAUAUUCCUCCGGACGCAAGGAUAUACUAUAGACAGCUGUUAAAGGUGGCUCUGGCUCACGACUUAUCCGAUUCCGAACCUGCACCGGUCACGGUCGAUGACGUUCCGCCUGUUAAGCUACUGUCCCGGCAAUCGCACGAGCUACUGAACGAGGUUGCAGUACGGUGGCGAAUCCCACUCUUCACCCGUAUCGUGCUCUUCUUGGACGUCGUGCGCGAGAACUUCCAGCACCAGGUUAUCAACCUUGACACUCUGGACGCUGCGUUCUUGUGGGCAAAGGAGCCGCAGCCGGAGCCACGGAAAAAUCCUUCCAAGUCACCCGCACUCAACCAGUCCACGCAGCUGCCCUUACUCGACAGGCAUAAAUGGACAGUGCCAGACCACAACCUGUUCCGCACCAUCCUUGCCAACCUUCAUGACGCUCUCCUGCGGGAGCUGUUCGAGACAUUUCAACAUUGCUACGAGCCCAAACCUCCCACUAUUGGCGUCAUUAUGUAUGUACUGGACACGCACAUCUACUCCGACCCUUUCUUCACCCAGAACCCAGAAGAUUUGGACGCUUUCACCGCCAUGAUGGCGGACGCUCUGCGGACGAAAGCACGUGACAAGUAUCACGAACUCUUGUCCAAGCACGUUAGCGACGACGCGUCCAAUUGGCAGUUCUACGAUGUGAUGCAGCUCGGUAAGGCAGUAACGGCGCUGUGCGAGAAGAUUCAGAAACGGUACCGCAAGAACCCAGAGAUCAUGGGUGUGAACCCGCUGCAGAUAUUGGUGGAGGAGUCUCUGCCUAGUUUCGCGGAGGAUGCGAAGGAGUUGAUCAAACGGAUUAUGCACUUCUCCAAAGAGAAAGGGCAGGAAGUGGACAUCCAAGACGGCUUCGAGCUGUACAAAGACCUUGUGGAGAUCCGGAAAGUCUAUGCUCAAGCGCUGCCAGGUCGGGAGUUCACGUUCCAUAUAGAAGGAUUAUUGCAGGACUUUGUCUGGCGCUGGAUUGCCUCAACUGACGCAAACAUUAAUCAAUGGGUUGAGGGAGCUGUUGCGCAAGACCAAUUCCAGAUCCGGCAAGAUCCGCAAGCCAAAGAGGCGGGCGAGUUGCCGACGGAUGAUGAGAGGCAUAGCCAUAGCGCCAUUGAUAUCUUCCUGGCGUUCAACCAGGCCAUUGAUCAGAUCGUCAAACUCGGGUGGGAUGACGAUUUGCAGUAUGCCAAGUUCAUGACCGCCAUCUCCAAGUCGAUCGGGAAGGGUGUGGCGCGGUAUUGCGAGUUGUUGGAGCUCAAGUUCGCCAAAGAGAUGGAUCGCCAGACGCCGGAGCAAGAAAUGCGGGCGCAGCAGACGCAGCGCGAGAAGUGGUACGCCGCAGCGCGUGACGUCUGGACGACGGGUGGCAAGGGUGGCGAGAAGAUCGAGCCGUUCCAGUUCUGGCCCGAGAGCUUUGUCAAGAUCAACGACGUGGAGUAUGCGACGUUGCAGCUGGAUAGGGUGGAGAAGGAGAUCAAUGUCGAUGCGUGUGCGGAAGUCAUUAACCGGCUUGACCCGCCUCCGCCGCCGAAUGUGAGAGAUGGGAAGAAGUUCAUGUUCACGAUCAAGAUUAUUGAGGCGGAGGACUUGAAGGCUGGUGAUGUGACGGGUUUGAGCGAUCCGUAUGUGGUCUUGGGAGAUGAGUACCAGAAGCGGUUGGCAAAGACGCGGACGGUUUAUCAGUCGCUCAGCCCGCGGUGGGAUGAGACGGUCGAUAUUCUGACGACUGGCCCGCUGAAUCUGAUUGCUACUGUCUGGGACUGGGAUAUGGUGGGCGACCAUGACUGUCUUGGCCGGACGAGUCUCAAGCUGGACCCGGCGCACUUCAACGACUACCUGCCGCGCGAGUACUGGCUGGAUCUUGACACGCAGGGCCGUGUGCUGGUGCGUGUCAGCAUGGAGGGCGAGAGAGACGACAUUCAAUUCUACUUCGGCAAAGCUUUCCGGACGCUCAAGCGCACCGAGAGGGAUAUGGCACGCAAGGUUACGGACAAGCUCUCCGCGUAUAUCCAGCAAUGUUUGAGUCGUCGGACACUGAAGGCGCUGCUAGGUCAAGGUACGCUGGGCGGCGUCAACUUGAGCAGCGCAAAGGGUUACUUCAACAAGCUGUCGUCGCAGGUUGCGGGAAGGCCGAUGAGUGUUGCCUCGCCGCAGCCUACCACUAUUGCGCCGUCGCUGGAGGACGUGCGUACCGCUUUAAAGCCGCUGCUCGACUACUUCUAUGCGAAUUUUGCCAUUAUGAAGGAGACGCUCACUAGCACCGCGCUGAUCAUGAUCAUGACGCGGCUGUGGAAGACGGUCCUGGGCACGCUUGAAUCGCUCCUCGUGCCUCCAUUGUCCGACAAGCUUUCUGCGCAGAAACCGCUCAGUCAGCAGGAGGUCGAUAUCGUAUAUCGCUGGCUUCAGAUCCUGUUCGACUUCUUCCACGCUUAUGAAAAGGAGGAUAAGACAGCUCACGGCGUCCCAGUCGACGUCCUGAGGAACGCGAAGUACCACGAUCUUCAGAGCUUAAGCUUCUUCUACUUCGACAGCUCCGACAGUCUCAUGCGGACGUCUGACGCGAUUGCGCAGGCUACCGCUCGUCGGCAGCAAGAAACCGCGACGAAGCUCAACCGCCUCUCCGCUCCUGUCAACCUACUCGGCGCUCCCGGCUCCCGCCAAACGAAGAGUAUCAUGAUGUCCCGCAACCUCGGCACGAUCAAGCAAGCCAAAGCGGCAAAGCGCGCCGAAGCGCAGGCAGAUGCUAGCGAUGAUAUGAUCCUGCGCAUCCUGCGGAUGCGACCGGAGGCGGAGAAGUAUUUGAGGGAUCGCAGUCGGCAGAAGGAGAGGCUCGCGGCUUCUGCGGCGGCGGAGGCGAUUGUGAGGCAGAGUUUGAUGGCUAGUAAGCGGGCGGCUCUCGACCGGAGUAGCGCUGGUGCGGAGGCAGGAGGGUUGGGCAGGAAGUGGGCUACCAUCCGGGAGUAGCGUUCUCGGGAUGGAGUGCCAAGGUUGGCUGUUGUGGGAGAAUGAAUGUAAGAGAAGUGGGCGUUGACUUGCGGGGGUCGGAGUCUGGCUUUGCAGUGAAGUGCAGCGUUCGAGCGUGGACUUAGCGUUUGGACAACUUCAACUUGGUGAUGUGGCUUUGGCUGUU